AUGUUUUGGCCCAACCUUGUUGUUUGUUCGCAAACGUUACCGGAGGUUGAGGAAUUGGCCGGAGGAACCAAGACCGGUGACCCGAAUGUUGCCAUUGAGUACGAUCCCACGCCGCACCUUGAUCCUGUGAUCCAGACCUUGACCAACGAUCUAAAUUUCCCCUAUGUUGUUUUGACGUACCGGUCUAUUUAUCUGUUUGAUUCGCGCACAAACUCCCCGAUAGCCGCCCAUAUACGCUCCAACAACUCGUUGGACGAGUACGGUCGCAAUUUGAAGAUCAAGCGGUCACCCAACGGCAAACAGUUUGCCGUCGAAACGUCCAAGAACAUGCUGCUAAUCUUCACGCUCAAGAGCGAGCUUUCGGACGAGCUGCUCACCAUCUUCAACACCGAGGGCAAGAUCAUCCAGAACGGGCUGCCUGUGAUUGCAGAGGUGGUGGAGAACGCGAACUCGCCGGAAAAUCUUGUCAAGACGUUUAUUAACGUUCUUUUAAGCGGGAACAACAUGGAGUUGCCCAACUAUGACUACGGUCUGCGGCUCAAACUGGUGCUGAACGUGCAGAGUCCGCUGGCAGACUACUGUUUUUCGUCGAACGGACACCUGUUGCUGGUGAACUCGAAACCGCACGCUUUCCAGACAAUCCAACUGGCCUCUGCGCCGAGCCAGUCGGAUAUCGACGCCAAGGACCAGGGCAAACACAUCAAGUUCAUUCUGGUGGAGGAGCUAGAGUGGUACCAUGCGGACUCCACCACGCGGGAGCUGUUCUACAACUUCGAGAUGGGCUGUUUUGUGUGGCUGAACGAAGCCGGAGACUGCUGGCUGGUGCAGAAACGCGGCGGCGCAGACAACGUGGAGUUUGUGGGCAAGCAGAUCCACUCCUCGCUGGACGGGCGCGUGGUGAAGUGUCUGAUCAACCAUUUCCGCAACCUGGUGUAUUUUGGCAUGGAGAACGGCGACCUGGUGGUGGCCAAGCUGCUGCGCACAAUGGCCGUGAAGAAACUGCGUGUGAUCAAGAAACACGUCUCGUCGCAGGACCUGCAGAACCUCGUGCUGAGUCCGGACGGCGACUCCUUGAUUGCCCUGUACAGAAACGGCUGGAACGUGUACUCCACGCUCGGAAACCUCAACUUCUCCACGUACGACUACGAGAGCGCAGACUGGCUGCGCCCCACCAGCAUCGGCUUCAUCAGCAACUUCGAGCUGAUCCUGGCCACCGAGCACAAGCUGCACAAGCUGAAUCUUGUCACGCUGAACCACUCGCGGUUUCUGAGCUCGGCCACGUUCAAACGGCCCGUGUUGCUGGGCAACGACCGUCUUUCGUUGUUUCGCGCUUUUGAUAAGAAUCUGAUCGACCAUUGGAAGGGCAGCCCGGACACCAGCAACAAGGAGACGAACAGCUGGUUCGACGUGAUGCUGCCGAUCUCGUUCUUCAUCAACAAUAGAGAAAUCCGGUGCUGUGCAAUGAGCGACGACGGGAAUUACGUGUGUGUUGUUGGCAACCGCGACGUCUUCCUGUACAAUCUGGUGACCGACGAGUGGAAGGAGCUGAACCUGACGGAGAAGGGCGACAAGCCGGAAAUCAACCCGGUGCGGAUCUGUAUCUGGUGGAAAAGCUAUCUGCUUCUUGGUUCCAAGACGUUCGAGACAGAGGCCAAGUCCGAGGUUGUGCUGUUUUCGACCAAAAUCCUCGAGAAAAACGCACCCUUCACGUACGACCAGAUCGUUUGGGGGUUCAACUUCGAGGAGACCGCGUUGGACGAGAACUUCCUCAGCUUCAACAUCGACAUGUACCACGACGAGCUGCUGGUGAUGAGCGACAAGAUGAACUGCUACACAUGGAAGAUCGGUUUCAACGGCCAGCGCAAGUCGGGCCAGUCGCUACUGCUGCGCAAGUCCAACGUUUACCAGCUGCGCAACUGUUUUGAGAAAGAGCUGGACUCGGUCGUUUACAACUUCAAGGCCGUGGUGAAAGUCAACGAGGAUGACCUGCUGGUGCUGGCGAACUGCGACCUCACGUAUAUCCGCAAGGAGGUUGUUUCUGCGCGCGAAAAGGCCAUCUACCACUCGUACCUGCUGAGCAACACGGUGGAGUACGUGGCGAAGCCGACGCCGAACCUGGUUGCAGUUUUUGACGGAUGCGAGAUCUUGCUAUUUGACUUUGCCAACGAGAAGAACAUGAUGAAGGUGCUGCCGAUCGCGGUCCAGACAGGCAACCAGACACAGACGAAGAAGGACCAGGUGCUGGUGGUGGAGUCCAACGGAACAAACUCGUAUCCGCUCACGAUGAUGAACGAUAAGAACAUGAUUUUCGGCAUCGAGAUCGACUACUCGCCCACGUCGAACCUCAAGAUCGGGCCCACGCGCAAGAACUACCUCAACAACGUGCUCGACCACUACAUCCGGCUCAACCUGGAGAUCGACAAGGGCGACAACAGCAACAUUCUGAGUUUGUCGUCGAUCUUCAAACGGUUCCAUCGGUUCAAGCAUUUUGUGUUUGUUCUGGAACUGCUGUUGAUGAACUACAUCCAAAGAAGCUACGACAACGAGGACGACGGAACAGAGUAUUUCGAGCGGCUGGUGUCGCUGAUCAAGAUGACCGGCAUGGAGUAUUCGGUUUAUCUGAACUGUCUGAAAAAGAUCGAGGUGCAGUACUGGGCCACUUUUUUCGACAAGUACGGCGAGACUCCGCGCCAGAUGCUCGCCAAAAUCAACACCGGCGACAAGGACUUCAAGCUGUGUGCGCAUUACUUCAUCAUCAUGCUCAAUUACGAGGAGAACGACGAGAAGAUCAGUGGCAGCGAUAUCCAGCUGAUCAACGAGAUCCUCGUCAAAUUGGUGCUAACCAAGGACUUUGAAACAUCGUUCGAGCUGGUGCGGUUCAUCAAGUUGAUCGACGACAAGAUCUGUGCGAAAAUCGUCGGAAACUUGGAGUCGCGUCUAAAAGCUUAUCAGAGAUAA